GGCCGGACCGGAGGCGGUGGCGGGGGCGGCGGGGACCGGGCGGUGCGUCCGUCCCUCCGGCCGCGGCUGCCAGCGCCGCCGGCACCAUGGGCUGUUCCUGCCGCCUCUUCCUCGCCCUCCUCCUCCUCCCGGCAGGACUGGGCGAUGACUCCUCAGUGUCACCCCUUGUCCCCAGCAGCCCUCCCUCCCCCUCGGUGGGGACCGGCUCCAGGGACAUGGCUUUGCGCACGCCAGCUCCUGGCCAGCCCCCAGCGCCCACGUCCAGGGGACCUGCUGGAGAAGGGGUGAUCUCCAGGCCAGCAGAGGGGGGUGGCCACAAUGCCACCCCCACGGCGGCACCAUCCCCUGCUCCCACCUCCAUCACCGCAGCGGAUGGCCCAUCCGUCACCUCCAGCCCCAGCUCAGUGCCACCAACCUCGGAGACAGCCCCAGGUCCACGGACAGCAAAUACUGCCAGCUUGGCGAGAGGCACGACGGAUAUGGGGGCAUCUCCCAGCCCUACGGGUGUCCCUGCAUCCUCCUCAUCCUCCCUCCCCACCAGCGACCUGCACUCAUCCCCCGGGACGGUUUUGUCCCCAACGCCUGUUGUCCUCACGAGCCCUGACACCACCCAGCCGCCGGCGCUGACGGAGGAUGUCCCUUCCCUGGGGACGCUGGCCAUGGCAUCAAGCCUGGCCGUGGAGCCAACGUCCCCCCCAGUGACUGUGGCCAGUCCCACCACAGCCGAGGCCACCGGCAAAACCACCCUCUCCACCGGGGUCACCAUGGAAGAGGUCCCACGCGCCUUGAGUGCAGGGAGCAUUGUGGCCAUCACCGCGACCGUCAUUGUGGUGGUGGUGCUGGUUUUCGGGGCAGCAGCGUACCUCAAGAUCAGGCACUCGUCCUAUGGCCGGCUGCUGGAUGACCACGACUACGGCUCCUGGGGCAACUACAACAACCCUCUCUACGAUGACUCCUAGCAGGGAUGCGGACCACAAAAAACCCACCACAAUAUCCCUUAUUUAUAAGCACUUCAGCAGCAGAUCAGCGGCUGCCAACCCCCUCGCUGCUGCCGCCGCACCGGGCAGGGGACCCGGGGACAACGGGUGACACAGGGUGGGUGCACCGCGCCCACAAUAAACUUGAGUUUUGGCC